AUGCGACCAAACGCCUGGACGGGUAUUCUCCCUGCAGUGGCCGCCAUCAAUGUUGGUCCAGACUAUAGCCACCCAAUUGAAGACCUUGAUGUUGAUCUCCCCUUCUCUCAGCCAGUGACAUUUGCCCAUCUGGAAUGGCAGCGCUGUCUUGCUGCGUCUCACGACAAACCCUUGGACAUUGCCAUACUAGGAUUUCCAUAUGACACAUCAACGUCCUACAGGCCAGGUGCCCGAUUCGGCCCUCGAGGUAUCCGGGCUGGUUCCGCGAGGGAAAAAAAGGGACGAAGCUACAACACCGUCUGGGAAGUCGAUCCUUACGAAGAGGGACUCGCUAUUAUCGAUUGCGGUGAUGUGCCCAUCACUCCGUUUGAUGCAGCCCAUGCUUUCAAGCAGAUGGAACAAGGCUACAGGCAGGUCUUGUACCAUCCAACCUCUUCAGUAAACUCAUGGGAACAUCCGCGCAUAAUCAGCUUGGGAGGUGACCAUUCCAUCGUCUUGCCUAUUUUAAGGUCUCUCAAGACUGUAUAUGGACCUAUAUCGGUGAUUCACUUGGAUUCGCAUUUGGAUACAUGGGACCCCUACGAAGGCUACACAGGUAUCAGGUCAAAUCAGUCCGCCCUUACUCAUGGUACUUUCUUUUGGCACGCUAGCCGGGAGGGCUGCAUCAGCAAAGGGACCAGUGUGCAUGGCGGCCUCCGAACCAAGCUAUUUAGCCCCAAGGAUUAUGAGAUUGACAGAGAUGUCGGCUUCGGCAUUAUUGAGGCACACGAGAUCGAUGACAUUGGCAUGAACGGUAUCAUCGAGAAGACAUUGAGCUUCGUCAAGGACACCCCUACAUAUCUAUCCAUCGAUAUUGACGUGCUGGAUCCAAGCAUCGCCCCAGCUACAGGCACUCCAGAAUCCGGCGGGUGGACUACGCGCGAAGUCAAGCGGUUCAUUAAAGGUCUUGAGGGCAUCAAUCUAGUUGGUGCUGACGUGGUUGAAGUGAGCCCUCCGUAUGACACCGCCGCCGAAAUCACGUCGAUUGCGGCUGCGGACCUGAUCGUGGACAUUAUGGCGGCCAUGGCCAAGUCAAAGAAGGGUCCAGCGCCAUCGAGGGUGAAGGAUGAGCUUUAG